GGAAAACAUCGGCUACAUUUUACUGUUGCAGCUGAUUCAGAGGAAAAUGAAGCAGCUGAAAGCACCUUAACCACAUUUAAGCCUUAUGAGAUCACAGAGGAAAUGCGCCAAGAGAUGGAUUACAAUGCUGACCGAGCAUGGUACGACAGAGAUGAACAUAACACAAUGUUUGAUGGUGAUAGCUCGUCAUUGUUUGGUGGGGAUGAUGCUUCUUAUAAAAAGAAAGAAGCAUCACUGGCAAAGAAACUGGAAAUUGAAGCAGCUGAAAGCACCUUAACCACAUUUAAGCCUUAUGAGAUCACAGAGGAAAUGCGCCAAGAGAUGGAUUACAAUGCUGACCGAGCAUGGUACGACAGAGAUGAACAUAACACAAUGUUUGAUGGUGAUAGCUCGUCAUUGUUUGGUGGGGAUGAUGCUUCAUAUAAAAAGAAAGAAGCAUCACUGGCAAAGAAACUGACUCGUAAGGAUGGAACAUUGAUGACCCUUGCCCAAAGUAAGAAGUUAUCACAAUUGACUGCUGAUAAUGCUCAGUGGGAAGACCGACAGCUAUUGAGAUCGGGGGCUGUUAGAGGAACAGAGGUGCAGAUUGACUUUGAGGAUGAGGAUGAGCGCAAAGUCAUCCUUUUAUUUGCCAAGUCGAAGUCCAUUUCACAACAAAGGCAGUAUCUUCCAAUAUAUUCUGUUCGUGAGGAACUGUUGAAGGUUGUUCGUGAAAAUCAGGUAAUAGUUGUAGUUGGAGAGACUGGUUCUGGGAAGACAACUCAAUUGACACAGUAUCUUCAUGAAGAUGGAUAUACAAAUAGUAGUAUUAUUGGUUGUACACAACCAAGACGUGUGGCAGCCAUGAGUGUUGCAAAACGAGUCAGCGAGGAGAUGGAAACAGAGUUGGGUGAUAAAGUUGGUUACGCCAUAAGAUUUGAAGAUGUCACUGGUCCAAAUACUAUAAUAAAGUACAUGACGGAUGGGGUACUUCUGCGUGAAACAUUGAAGGACUCUGAUCUUGACAAAUACCGAGUAAUUAUCAUGGAUGAAGCACACGAGAGAUCACUGAGUACCGAUGUUUUAUUUGGUAUACUGAAGAAGGUAGUUGCUAGGCGACGCGACUUCAAGCUUAUUGUAACGUCUGCGACGCUGAAUGCUAAAAAAUUUUCCGACUUCUUUGGAGGUGUUCCGACUUUUCAUAUCCCUGGAAGGACAUUCCAUGUAAAUAUCCUGUACAGCAAAACACC